AUGUGCUUCUGCCCUGCAACAGAUAAAAUGGCUCCGCCACCGGCCCAUCCGAUAAUUACUAAGUAUGACCGCACCGAUCAUCCCCGGCAGGGCUAUAAGGAAGCCAUACGCAAGAAAAAUAGGCGGCGCAAUGCGGCGAUAAUUGGAUCGGUGGCAGCUACUUCUAGCGGGAUGGCUGCUGCUGCUGCUUCCGCUCCUGGCGGAGGCGGUUGCUAG